UCCUCCUCCUCUUCUUCUUCCUUCUCCUUCUUCUUUCUUCUUCUUCGAGGGCAUUGGCUCCUUCCGCACCCGCCAUCGACCCCAAGCCGAAGCCAUGGCCACGGCGGCGACCCUCUUCCUCUUCCAGCCGCGCCUUCCCGGGUGGGGUCGCAAGCUGCGGCCGCCGCCGCCGCCCCUUCCUCCUCGCCGACUCCCCGGAGCCGCCCGCCGCCGCGUUGUUCGCCUCGAGAACCGCCGAGCCCCGCCGGCGGCGGCGCGGGGCUCCGGCGCCGAGCCCGUCCGCCGCGGCGACCUCGCCGCCGCCGCCCGGUGCUCCGCGCGCGGGGACGGCCCCGGGAGCUCUCCUCCGGGCGCGGGGGACCGGUGGAAUCCGCUCGAGGCCGUCCUGAGCUCCAUCGCCAGGGCCCUGGAGUCGCUCAAGGGGCCCGCGGUGGCCGCGAUCCUGCUUGGGUUGUUGCUCGCCUACGAUCCUAACUCCGCAUUGGCCGCUUCCGGCGGGAGGAUGGGCGGGAGCUCGUUUUCCUCGCGCUCGUCCUCGUCCUCGUCCUCCUCCUCGUCUUCGAGGAGCUAUACAACGAGGACGCCCAGCCCUGGCUAUUCGUACUCGGCUCCGUAUUACGCCCCUUCGCCGUUUGGCGGAGCCUACGUGGGACCGGCGGUUGGGGUUGGAGUGGGCGCGGGGUCGAGCUUCUUCUUGAUACUUAUGGGCUUCGCUGCGUUUCUUCUGGUCUCGGGGUUUCUCUCGGAUCGGUCUGAGGGUGGUGUGCUCACCGUGACGGAGAAAACGACUGUGCUCAAGCUUCAGGUUGGAUUGUUGGGCAUGGGAAGGUCACUUCAAAGAGAUCUUAAUAAGAUAGCGGAUAUUGCAGAUACAUCCUCAUCUGAGGGUCUUAGCUAUGUCCUGACUGAGACGACACUUGCCUUGCUCCGGCAUCCUGAUUACUGCAUCUCUGGUUAUUCAUCCGUGGAUGUGAAGCGGAGCAUGGAAGAUGGGGAGAAACGUUUCAAUCAGCUGUCAAUUGAAGAGCGAGGGAAGUUUGACGAAGAGACACUUGUUAAUGUGAACAACAUAAGAAAGCAAAGUACCACCAGCCAGAGAUCUAGUGGAUUUAGCAAUGAGUACAUAGUGAUAACCAUCUUAGUGGCUGCUGAAGGAGUCCAUAAAUUGCCUUCCAUUAAUGGUGGUGGAGAUCUGAAAGAAGCCUUGCAGAAACUUGGGUCCAUCCCCUCUAGCAAAAUACUAGCAGUUGAGGUGUUGUGGACCCCUCAAAAUGAAAAUGACACACUAUCAGAGAGGGAGCUUCUCGAAGAUUACGCAUUACUGAGGCCUUUAUAACAUAUAUGAUGAGGUUUCAAUUGCUUUUGUUAGAGGUAUGAAUCCGAGUCAAAGUUGCAUGCUUGGAGUUAUUUGUAUAGAAUAGGUCCUGUAUAGUAUACAGAAUGAGUAGGUAAAAAAUACUGUUAAUUUUUUGUAAUCGAGCUGCAAAGGCACAGGCUUUUAAUAUCUCCCAACCAGCUCCAUGACUUCAAUGCUUGUGAGUUGUAUCUUCAGAGGUUUGAGCUUAUGAGAUACAGAAGGAAGUUUUCGUA